UGUUUGUCAUCUUAUGUUGUGAGUGCAAGUAAGUGAGUGUGUGUGUGUGUGUGUCUGUGUUUCGAUUCACAUCGUUUCGUUUCGUUACACUGAGAGCACGCCGACUCAAUACAACACUGAGGGGAUUUGUUCAGUUCGGAUCAGUACAGAACGAAGAGCUGCGGCGGCAGAGCCAAAAGAGCCAAGAGCCAAAAGCCAGAGUUGUUACCUCUCUGCAUUUUUUCGGUGUGUGUUGUUGCAUAUUUGGCCAGCUGCUGAUGCUGCUGCAUUAACGAGGCAGAAACUCAAGCGUUAUGUUGGACAAGUGACGUGUGGAACAAUUUACGAAAAUUAAUAGCAAUAAACUCCAACAAAAAAAAAAAGAAAACACUUCAAAAAAAAAAACUCACAUUAAAAAAUUUGAAUUAAAAAAAAAAGAAGAGUUUAAAAAAUAAAGUGCCAAAAUGUUUGAUGUAUUUGGCUCCGUUAAGGGGCUAUUGAAAAUCGAUCAGGUGUGCAUCGAUAACAAUGUAUUCCGUAUGCAUUAUAAGGCGACCGUUAUCAUCCUAAUCGCCUUCUCGCUAUUGGUGACAUCCCGUCAAUAUAUCGGUGAUCCGAUCGAUUGUAUUGUCGAUGAAAUACCGUUGGGUGUGAUGGAUACAUAUUGCUGGAUAUAUUCAACAUUUACCGUACCGGAACGUCUGACCGGAGUGACAGGACGGGAUGUGGUACAACCGGGCGUGGGAUCCCAUGUGGAUGGACAGGAUAAAGUCAAAUACCACAAGUAUUAUCAGUGGGUGUGCUUUGUGCUAUUCUUCCAGGCCAUAUUGUUCUAUGUGCCGCGUUAUCUGUGGAAAUCGUGGGAAGGUGGACGCCUCAAAAUGCUCGUCAUGGAUCUCAAUAGUCCCAUUGUGAAUGAUGAGUGUAAAAACGAUCGCAAAAAGAUACUCGUCGAUUAUUUCAUCGGCAAUCUGAAUCGUCAUAAUUUUUAUGCCUUUCGUUUCUUCGUCUGCGAAGCCUUGAAUUUUGUGAAUGUCAUUGGACAAAUCUAUUUUGUGGAUUUCUUUCUGGAUGGCGAAUUCAGUACGUAUGGCAGUGAUGUUCUCAAGUUCACCGAAAUGGAACCCGACGAUCGCAUCGAUCCCAUGGCCAAGGUCUUUCCCAAAGUCACCAAAUGUACAUUCCACAAAUACGGUCCAUCUGGUUCGGUACAGACCUUCGAUGGUCUCUGCGUGCUCCCACUCAAUAUUGUGAAUGAGAAGAUCUAUGUGUUCCUUUGGUUCUGGUUCAUCAUACUCAGCAUAUUGUCGGGCAUUUCACUGGUCUAUCGCAUUGCCGUUGUUGUUGGCCCCAAGUUGCGUCAUUUGCUGUUGCGCGCCCGUUCGCGUCUGGCCGAAAGCGAUGAGGUCGAAACGGUGGCCAACAAAUGCAACAUUGGCGAUUGGUUCCUGCUCUAUCAGCUGGGCAAGAAUAUCGAUCCUCUCAUCUACAAGGAGGUGAUAUCGGAUCUGUCCCGCGAAAUGGGCGGCGAUGGACAAAGUGCACAUAAGCAACCCUUUGAGGCCUAAGUGACGUUGGAGAUUGAGACACUGGAGGCAUGGAGUAUGGAUGAAUGGAGUAUGGACGAAUGGAUGUUGGAUGACUGGAAGACUGGAAGGGAACGAGAUGGAACGGAAGAUGUCGGGAGUCGCACCUAGAAACACUUUUAUUCUAGGCUUGGCAGCGUGCCAACAACGUUGCACGCAGCCGUAAUGGAAGACGGGAAAUGAGUAGAAGUAGAAUGUAGGAUGGAAAGAUCGAGGGGGGCGUGGCCUUUUGAGCUAAUGACGAGCUAAUUGAACACACAUAUCAACGAAUUCCAUGGUAAACGCUUCUGUUUUCUGUGUUUUGACUGAUUGCAAAACACUUGAAAACAUUUUCGAAAUGCAACUACAACAAUACUAGCCACACACACACCUAUACACACAUAAAUACAUACACCCCACCAGGCCCUGGACUGGCAGCUGUCAAGAAAAGAAAAGAAA